ACAACUGCAAGAGUUCCCCACCUUCGUCGUCAAAGAGCCGGCACUCGGAGACGGACAAGGACUCGAUCGGCGAGUUCUGUGGAAACCCUAAUCCCCAAUCCUAACCCUAGAAAUCCACCAGCGAUAGCAACAGCAACCUCAAGAUCCCCUACCCUUCCGAUCUCUCGCGCUCGAUCGCUCCUCCGAAUCCAAGAAGAGGAUCCUACUUUCGCCUUGAAUUCCGCCAAUUCGCGCAGUUCUUUGUACAACAAGAUUUUGAUAUCUUGGUGUCCGAGGCGCAUUAGCGAAGGUUUGAUCUGUAAAAGGUUUUUUUUUUAUUUUUUGCGACAAAAAGCUAUCUUGGUUUUAGAUUUGAGGAGAUCCCGUGGGAUAUAGUUGUACGUGUUUCUUGUACUUAGAUCGCCGGAUCUAAUGAGCAGAACUGGUGGGAUCGUUCCGAGUUGGCUUUGAAUCGGGUCGGGAUCUUGAAUUCUUGUUGAAUUCGCCCGUGGGAUGUAGAUCUUCUCUUUUUGGUGGGUUUGGAUCUCUGGCAUUGGAAGGGGAGGGGGAAAUUGUAAGGUUUCGAUUCUUCGGUUUUGGGUUUUCUUUGUGCUUUCUUGAUCACCGUACAUUGGAUGAGAGGGAUCUGGAAGGGAGAGGGGAGAUGAGAGGGAGGCCCGUGGCGGGGGAGGGACAAUGACUGGAGGGUCAUUGGGACUUCGAUCGUCGGGGAGUUAUGGAUCAUUGCAAUCGCAGCUACAUAACGGUGCCGCAUUGCCGAUUCAGUCGACUUCUGUCUCCGUCUCCGUCCGCAAGCCACAGAAGACGCUCCUCCAGAGCUCGAGAGAGAAGGAGAGGUUCCUGCUGUGGAUCUGCAAGCUCGCUGGCAGGAGGAAGAUUGGGAUGCUGCUGGUGCUCAUCGCUUCAGCUGCAGUCAUUCUGUCUUUCAUCUCUGAUAUGAGUAAAGAUGAAGAUGGAUCAGAAGGUCCUCAGACUAACCUGGGUUCUUCAUAUCAUGUCUGGGGUCUUGUAAGCACUGGCGGGACAGCAUUGCAUAAUUUGACACCUCCCUUGACUUCAAUAAAGGAGUCCAAGACAGAGAUAACAGCAAUUCUGAACCAACAAUCUGCAAGUGGUGAUAAUGAAACCCAGCAUCCUGUUCCGGUUCUUCCACCCAGAGCAAUUUUUACAUGGCAUCCUUGUGAAAAUUUCUCCUUUUCUCCCCCACCAACUGAUAGGAAACGUACUGGCCCACGCCCAUGCCCUGUGUGCUAUAUACCUGUAGAGCAGGCCGUGGCCUUCAUGCCAGCUUUGCCAUCAGUAUCACCUGUCCUUAAGAGCUUAACUUAUGUUUCCGAAGAAAACUUAAUAGUGAAUGAGACAAAUGGUGGUACUAUAUUUGGAGGACAUCCUUCUCUGCAGCAGAGAAAUGAAUCUUUUGAUAUUAGAGAGUCGAUGUCUGUGCAUUGUGGAUUUGUUAGAGGUAAGAAACCUGGUCAAGGGACUGGGUUUGACAUAGAUGACGCUGAUCUUAUUGAGAUGGAGCAAUGCCGUGGGGUAGUUGUAGCCUCUGCUAUUUUUGGAAAUUAUGAUAUGAUGCAACAACCAAGAAACAUUAGUGAAUAUGCAAAGAGAAAUGCAUGCUUUUAUAUAUUUGUGGAUGAGGAAACAGAAGCCUACAUAAAGAACACCACUAAUCUGGACAGCAUUCAGAGAGUUGGGUUAUGGAGAGUGGUGGUAGUUCGAAACCUUCCUUAUGUAGAUGCAAGACGUAAUGGAAAGGUUCCAAAACUGCUGCUCCAUAGGCUUUUUCCUAAUGCGCGGUUUUCUCUUUGGAUUGAUGGAAAGCUUGAGCUUGUUGUGGAUCCCUAUCCAAUUCUUGAGAGGUUCUUGUGGCGGAAGAAUGCUACUUUUGCAAUCUCUAGGCACUACAGACGCUUUGACGUUUUUGAGGAAGCAGAGGCUAAUAAAGCUGCAGCAAAGUAUGAUAAUGCCUCAAUUGACUACCAAAUUGAGUUUUAUAAGAGAGAGGGUUUGACACACUAUUCCCCAGUUAAGCUUCCUAUUACAAGCGAUGUCCCUGAAGGCUGUGUGAUCAUCAGAGAACAUAUUCCCAUCACCAAUCUGUUCACCUGUCUGUGGUUUAAUGAGGUUGAUCGUUUUACCUCUAGAGAUCAACUCAGUUUCAGUACUGUAAGAGACAAAAUAAUGUCUAGAGUAAACUGGAGUAUCAACAUGUUCAUGGACUGUGAAAGGCGCAACUUUGUUGUUCAGGCAUACCACAGAGAUUUGCUAGAACAAAGGCUUGCUUCCUUGAGCCGUCCACCGCCCCCUGUGGCAAUUCAUGAAUCACCUGGAAAUUCAGUUCCACAAAAUGUUCUGCAUGGGAUUGCAAAGGCUCCUCCAUCCAGGAAGCUGCCCAUGAGGCGUGGGAGGGAUAGGAAAUCAGGUUCAAGGCGUCACCGUAUCAAAAUUGACACAAUAUUUGGACUACCGCUCAGUAGCGGGCUCUACUUACGGAGUGCAAAAGGCUCUCUUAUUUUUGUCAAAAAUUGUUGAUAGUCAUUCAUUUUUGUUGUAAAUAACCAAUUUAAAAUAAAUAGCAUUUGAGUUGCUAGUGCUUCCCCCAAGAACCAA